AUGGCGAGUUACAACAAAGCCAGCAGAAAGCACAACGGGACCCUGCCCGGCUUCAAGGAAGGUCUCUACGCAUACCACACGCCCAUGCUCCAGUUCGCGCGGAAAAUGACCCAGAUCUUCGCGCUCGCCCUCCACCUCCCGGAGACGUACUUUGACGAAAGGACCCAGCGGCCCGAAGCCGGCAUGCGCAUCCUGCAUUACCCAGAACAGGCGGCGUCCGUGGACGACCAGAACGGCAUCGGCGCACACACGGACUUUGAAUGCUUCACCAUCGUCAACCAGGACAUGUACGGCGGGUUGGAGGUGCUGAGUAAAUCCGGGCGGUGGAUCCGCGCGAAGCCCGUCCCCAACUCGUUCGUGGUCAAUAUCGCGGACUGCUUCAUGAGGCAGACGAACGAGUACUUUGUCAGCACGGUGCGCAGGGUCAUCAACAAGUCUGGGGGCGAAAGAUAUAGUAUCCCGUUAGUUUAUGGGUUGGAUAGGCGUAUGCCGAUGGUGCCGAUCCCGAGUUGUGUGGGUGAAGAACGGCCCGCCAAGUACGAGGUCAUGACCGCGGGGGAGUAUUAUUUGUGGAGAGCGAAAAGGGCGAAGAUGGGGGAUAAAGAUGAGGAGUGA